AUGAUUCCCAAGGAGGACCAUCAAUGCACUGGGAUUAUUCAACUGCUUCACCAUUUCAGAUGGACAUGGAUUGGGAUUUUUGCUGUUGAUAACAACAAUGGAGAAAAAUUCUUAGAGAAAAUGCACCCCUUACUUUCACAGAACGGAAUCUGUUUAGCAUUUAUAGAAAGGCUUUUACAACUGGUCCACUUUGAAGAUUUCCCAGAAGUUUUUCAAAUAAUCUCAAUGAUUUCCAUUAAUUUGAUGAAUAGCAAAGCCAGUGCAUUUCUUGUCUACGGAGAAUCAUUAGCAAUUAUAUGGCUGAGAAGUCUCACAUUUCUGGUUGAUCCCGAAAGCAAGGAAACAGCAUUAUUUAGAAAGGUGUGGAUCAUAACUGCACAGAUUGAUUUUAUAUUAUCAAGUGCACAAAUAAAUUGGGAUCUCCACAUGUUCUAUGGAGCUAUUUCUUUAAAUGUUCAUUCAAAAGAAGUUGCAGGUUUCAAGGAAUUUAUUCAGACCAUAAACCCUCUUUCAGUCUCCCAAGAUGGUUUUUUACAAGAUGUUUGGGAACAAUCAUUUGAGUGUUCAUUUCCAAAAUCAGAGUUAAAAGAAACAUACAGUAGGAAAUGCACUGGGGAAAUGAAGUUGGAGGAUCUUCCUGCACCUAUAUUUGAAAUGGAAAUGACUGGCCAAAGCUACAGUGUCUACAAUGCUGUUUAUGCUGUGGCUCAUUCUUUGCAGGCUCUGUACACAUUAUGGUGCCAUAGGAAAAAAACUAUGAUUGGUAAAAAAACUGAUCUUCCAUAUAUCCAAGCUUGGCAGCUCCAUUCAUUUCUUCAAGGCAUUUCUUUUAACAAUUCAGCUGGGGAGAGAUUGAGCCUGAAUGAGAAAGGAGAAGCAACAGGUGGAUUCAACAUCACCAACUUCAUCACUUUUCCAAAUAGAUCCUUUCAGAGAGUUAGAGUUGGAAAGAUAGAUCUACGGGCUCCAAAAGGGAAGGAAUUAUUCAUUGAAGAAGAUGUGAUUGUCUGGAAUCCAGCUUUUAACCAGGUUCUUCCACUCUCUCUAUGUAAUGACCCUUGUCUCCCUGGAUCCUGGAAGAAAGGGAUUGAGGGGGAUCAGUUCUGCUGCUAUGACUGUAUUCCAUGCCCUGAAGGAAAGAUUUCAAAUCAAAAUGAUAUGGAUGACUGUUUUGAAUGUUCAGAAGAUCAUUAUCCCAAUAAAGAAAAGAAAGGAUGUAUCUUGAAACUGUUGGUCUUUUUAACUUUUGAAGAAACCUUAGGAAUUGGUUUAGCCUCAGCAGCUCUUUGUUUCUUCUUGUUAACUUCAUGGGUACUUGGAACAUUUAUUCAGCACAGGAAUACUCCUAUUGUCAAAGCCAACAACCGCUCCAUUACCUACACCCUCCUUGUCUCUCUUAUGUUCUGUUUUCUUUCCUCUUUGCUCUUUCUAAGCCAGCCUGGCAAAGUGACUUGUCUUCUCCGACAAUCAAUGUUUGGCAUCAUCUUCUCUGUGGCCAUUUCUAGUGUACUGGCUAAAACUAUCACUGUGGUUGUGGCUUUCAUGGCUACUAAACCGGGAUCUCAGAUGAGGAAGUGGGUGGGGAAAAGAUUGGCAUUUUCUAUUGUCCUUUCCUCCUUCCUUAUACAAGUAUUGAUUUGUAUUCUUUGGUUGUUGACAUUUCCCCCAUUCCCUGAAUUGGACAUGUACUCAGAGCUCCAAAAAAUGAUUCUACAGUGCAAUGAGGGGUCAGCUUUCUUCUUCUACUGUGUCUUGGGCUACAUGGGUAUUUUGGCCAUCACCAGCUUUAUUGUGGCUUUCCUUGCCCGUAAAUUACCUGACAGCUUUAAUGAAGCCAAGUUCAUCACCUUCAGCAUGUUGGCCUUUUGUAGUGUUUGGAUCUUUUUCUUUCCAGCCUAUCUAAGCACAAAAGGAAAAGCCAUGGUAGCUGUGGAGGUCUUCUCCAUCUUGGCCUCCAGCACUGCAUUACUGGGAUGCAUAUUCCUUCCAAAAUGUUACAUCCUUGUUUUGCGGCCUGACCUUAACCAGAGGAAGCAACUCACAAAGAGGAAUUAG